AUGGCUCUUAAUGCCAUAAGAUAUUGGGUGGAUUUAAAAAAUGCGUUAAAGUCCUCUGGAAAACUACAUGGAGAUGUAGAUCCGUCAAGUGUUACAAAAAAUGACACGUUUGACCGUAUCAGGGAAGAUUCAACGAGUAUCCAGCAACGUCUCUUCAACCUUUCAGCUGAGGAAGAGAUAUUGAGACCAGCUCUAGAAAGGGAUCUAGCAAGGAACAAAAAACUGGAGAGUUUUAAAUUGAUUGAAUUAAGGCAUAGAGAUCGUCAGAACCCAAUCAAAAUCAAUUUGAGUGACCAGUCAACACAUAAUGCAAUUUGUCUUAUAGAUAUUCAUCUAUGGAUUGCAUUUAACAUGAGAACCUUGCGUAGAAUAACUAUAAUUUCGGGGACUACAAACCAUAAAGGGAUCGGUGAUUACUUAUUUGCAAAAGAUGUCAAAAUCGAAGAAAAACCGGGCGUUUUUGAAAUCACAUUUUUCUUGAAAUAUAAAGACUACAACUUUGAUAAUGAGAUGGACUGGGUUGAUGAUCAGACAAAUAGUUGGGAAUCGGUUUUAGAGGCAUUACUGCGAUGUGGCCAACUUUACGUGGGUGUCAACCCACUAGAUAUCAGAAGAAAUUUAGAAAUGAGAGAUCUUAUUCAAGAUUUAGAACAAAUUGAACGUCGUGCCAAUUCUUUGGUCGAAGAGGCCUCUAAAUAUUACAACGAAGGAAGUUUAUUUCUUGGAAAUCAAAAGAUGGAUGAAGCAGAGAACUUAAGAAAGGAGAUCGAGGUCGAAGAUGAGAAAAAUUACUUCAAGCUACUACUAUACAGGAAUAUGGAAAUUACCAACAAAAUCACGAUUGAUCUUCAUGGACAAUUUAGAUAUGAGGCAAUGUGGUUUUUGAAGCUUCACUUGUGGCUGUUCAACAAUUUACGUACUGGAAAGGAAAUUGUUGUGAUAACGGGACAUGCUGAAGAUCGAGAAACGAAACCGGUUUUGAAACCAAUGGUCAUUGGUUUACUAAAACGAUAUGGAAUUGAGCCUAAAGAAUUAAAUAAAGGCACCUUUGUUAUCACACUUCCUUCUGAAGCGAGAGAUUUCAAUUUUGCAUUGGACAUUUCCGACUGCCUCUGUUACUACCACCCUCCCGACGUUGCCGUUACCACCACCGGUGGCCGCAACCCCCUCUGCCGCCCUGCUUCUACCUUAAGCCGAGACAAGAAACACUACCCUUAUAUCUCUGCCACCAUCAACGCCACCGAUAGACAUCAUUCACUUGAAUUUCAACUCUUUCUCUCACCACCCUUACGAUCCCGCGUUCACUCCACCACCACCGACACUCAAUCCUGCCAUCAUCACGCAUGUCGAACCUUGGUAACUUCCAUUGCCUCUGUUGUUGCCACGAUUCUAGAAGCAGUACCGAUUUCAGGCCCUGAUUUUCACUCUCGAUUCCGAUUCGAAGGAUCAAUAAACUCUUGCUCCAAAGUGAACCCCUUUGUAGAGGAGCAAUCUGAUGACAAGAUUGUAGAUGAGGGAGGGGGUGAAAGGGAAUGGCUGCAAGGUGGGCGGGUGAGUUGUGGAGUAGAAUGGUUACAAUUUGUCAAGGUAGUAGACAAAUUUGUUAGAUAUAAAAAUUUGGUGCCCGAAAUAACUACCCAAAGGAGUUGCUACUGCUCACCGUGGGGUACAACAUUCACACAACCAAAUGUUGUCACUGUCUCCAAAGAAGGGUUAGUAUUUGACGAUAAUGCAAUCCAUGAUAGCUUAAGUCUGUCGCUAAACAUACAUGAUGCAGAGUCCGAGCUUCCUAUUAGACAUGAGAAGAUGCAUAGUGUGGCUGCACUUUUGUUGUGGACAGAUGUUAAAAAUGAAACAAGGGCUAGCUUUGAAGAGUAA